CGGAGUCGAAUCAAGGCAGACACUCCUACAUAUCUGGAUACUAUCCCAGAUAUAAACAUCAUGCUAGCGGAUGAAACGAUCCAGCCGACACGAAGGCCUAAAAAUAGUAGCCUCCCUACUGAGCUACUGCUGAAGAUUAUCCCGAGCUCUCGUGGUCUCCCAUUUAUGUUUAACUGUGAUCCGAUCCCGUCUGUUAACGACGUUGCGCUGCCCUUUGCGCUGGCUGGGGUGUGCAGACACUGGCGUGACGUAGCUGUGGACAUCCCCUGGCUCUGGAAUGGUAUGCAUAUAGAAGGGAAUAGGGCUUCCGUGGAACGCACGCUCAAUACUCAGCUGGAGGCAACGAACAGAGCCCAACAUCUACCACUCUUUCUUACUCUCGUCCUCCGUGACGCGGACUUCUUGGAAACUUGCCGAUUGGACGACACGCUUCUUUGCGGUAUCGAGAGCAAAGUAAUGGGACUUGAUCUAUUCGUCCCUUACGAUGCCGAACGGCACGAACGGUUGGAUCAGAACGCCGCCGAGUGGAUGAAGAGAUUCACAAACUUGGAGCGCCUUUACCUAGGAGAAGACUUUGCUUUCAGGGACUGUCCGGAUGCUGCGAUGUGGACGCAGCUCACUCAUCUUCACGUGCAAAAAAGUCAUCAUGAAGACUGGAAGGAUAUGCUCGACCUCACGUUACCAAGACUGACGUCUCUCACGUACGAGAUCAACUACCAUCUGGACUUAGACCUGCCUACCUUCUUCCGUAGCUUCCCUAAUCUCGUCGAACUCUUUAUUUGCGCGGAUGAGAUCAUCGUUGACUCGGAUGUGAUCGCCACUCACCCAAAGUUGGAACGCUUCGGCCUGUGUGACGUUCUUGCAUUCGAUCAUGAUCCUAGAUUCUCCUUCUUCACGCACGCACUGCUCCCGUCCCUGAAAGACCUUGCCAUACACGGGUCCAGUUUGAAGGACCUUAGGAAGGUCGUCCCUCUCCUUGAGACCCUCAAACGCUUCAACGUUAGGCUGGACCGCUUCACCAUUAUGUCGGGGGACUUUCGUCGAGAGUGGAAGGUAUUCGAGGGGAUGGGGUUCUUCCAAAAGGUCAACGCGGCGAAUGGUCCCGGCGAGCUGAGCGAGAUCAAAUGUUUCGACGAGGAAAACGAGGAAAACAUAUUCAAGGUACUGGAGACACUGAAAAGUUUCAAGACUCUGAUGAAGAAGCGCGUUUUCGGAGUGUUGAAGAAGCUUGGUCUAGCACACAUGCUGCAAGAGACAGGGGACUUUUCGAAGCUGAUAGAGGUGGGCGCCUACGGAGAAAAGAAGGCCGUGAAUGAGCUCAAGGAGUUGAAGGAGGUGCUCGAUGGUAUGAUGGUGGUAAGCGAGAUUGUCCGAGAGCUCAAAGGAAACUUCGAGAUCGGGUAUAUGGAUUAUGCAAAUGACCUUGAGGAGGCGGCAAUCUUCAGGGAGAGCAAGGCGC